AUGCUAGCGAUGGCGACGAGCGCACCUACGAGUAUAAGUUCGAGCGAGGAGCGCAAGGCGAAGACGCCGGUGAGCCCGGGCGCGGUGACGGCGACGGCGAACUCGAGCAAGCCGGCAGGGUCGCUGGCUCAGUUCCACCAGCCGUUUGUCUCUUCGCCGACGCCGUUUUCUUCGAGCUCGCAGGUCACCUUACCACCGAUAUCGUCGUUCGACAACCUUAUAAGAGCAGCGGAGAAACAGUACUCGAACAGCAGCAAGGUUGCGAGUCCAGGAUUGGUGAGUCCCGGAAUUCUGAGCUACCAGCUCUCCGCGACAGACACAGCGUGUAACACAACAGUGCCCCGAUCGGUGAUGCAGAGACCGUCGUCGGUGGUGUCGAAGUCGUCGUCAGGGUCUCCGUCGUUCUCGUCGGGGGAGCAGCCGUACGGCAGCAAGGUGCACAAGCCUCGCAAGAAGAAGCAGUGUCCGAUCUGCCACAACUUCUACGCCAACCUGUCCACGCACAAGUCGACGCAUCUCACGCCGGAGGACCGGCCGCACAAGUGUCCGGUGUGCCAGCGUGGGUUCGCCAGGAACAACGACCUGAUAAGGCACAAGAAGCGGCACUGGAGGGACGAGAUAGUAGAGAACAGCCCUGUGGAGCACUCGGACGCAGACGAGCACGUCGCAGGCCACACGCAUCUCGACGAGCACGACCAGCUGCGGUCGCUCCACCAGAUCAAGGGCACUUUCAAGUGUCCGUUCAAUUCGGCGCUGAUCCAGCUCGAUAUGGAGAUCUACCCGUACAAGUCGAAGCCGUUGAACUUCGAGACUUCCAACUGCCACCAGACGGGCGUGUUCUCCCGCUGCGACACCUUCAAGAACCAUCUCAAGGCUCUCCAUUUCGAGUACCCACCGGGCACGAAGAAAAGAGACCGAACCGUGGUUCCCGGGAGGUGCAAGCACUGCGGGCUCAAGUUCCCCAACGUCGACAUCUGGCUCAACGAACAUGUGGGCAAGACCUGCGGGUACACAUACCACUGA